CACUCACCAGAGGGGAAUCCUUGUCCAUAUUGUGAUGUAAUUCAUGUCUUAUAACACUAUUUAUAACCUUUGCUCUUAAGACUCGAUCCUAAGUUUCAAAUCGGCCACUGGCCUCUUGGCUGUUGGCCAUCCAUUUGCAGCCUGGUGAACAAGACUGCUGACCCUACCCUUUUGUAUUGCAUUAUCAAUGGACUUUACAAAACCCCAAAAGAUAGUAAUUUGUUAAAGUAUACCUUUAAGAUGCAUUCAGAUGAAUACACAGUAAACAAACAUUAAUUUCAGCUAAACAAUGGAUAUAUAAUUUCUUGUCAAGAAACAAAUGACAACAGAAAUGUUUACACGUUUAAAAUCGAUUAUAACAUUAUUGGAUCAGUUAUAGUUGAUAUUUGAAAACAUCAGUGAGUGGUGGAUAAAGUGUUGGGUAAGUAAAGGAUUCACAUGUUGCCCUUUAGAAGUUCCAGUAUGCCGUCCUCCUAUAAAAAGAUCAGGCUAGCCACGUCAAGUCAUUAGCCAGCAUAAUCCACUUGUGGCUUAUUGCCUUUAUUAAGCCAUGAUGCCAAACAAGUCCUACCAGAGAACAGGAGGGCAGUAAGAUAGUUACACAUGGAAUGGCAGCACAUAUGAUGUCAAGUGGAAUGAUAUUGUGCAACUCACUAGUAUGGCUGAUCUCAAACCUUGAUUUGAUGUGUUCAUAUUAGAGAAAUGUGGAGGACCAAAUGCUCCUGGAAUACAUACUAAAAGCAAACAUUUGGGAACUUUGUGACAAAGUACACCCACUAGAUUGGCCCUUUAAGAUGAGGUGGUCUCUUACCAUUUUUGUGUUUCCCGAAUGAAAAAACGGGGAAAAGAAGAAAAAGAACCUGCAGAAUAAAACUGAGAAUAUCUCAAAUGAUAAUGGGAGAUUGCAUCACUCCGGUUGAAGAGCACCUAAGAUAAAAAUUACAGACCUCUACAUGCUUUGAAUAACCAUGGGAUGUGGCGUCGCAAAGUCAAACCAGUUCCAAACAAAAAAGAGCAGAAAAGCUGUCACAUCGAUCCAGGCAGCUGUACUGAUCCAGCGUUGGUACCGUCAGUAUGUGGCCCGCAAGGAGAUGAGACGCAGAUACACCUGGAACAUCUUCCAGUCCAUUGAGUACUCCGGGGAGCAGGCCCAGAUCAAGUUAUACAAUUUUCUUGGCUACCUUAUGGACAACUUCACUCCAACUAGCACUGAACGCAACUUCGUCUCCCACAUAUUUAGAGAGAAUGAAGUGUGUCACGAUGUAGAGUGGGAGAGGUACUUCUGCUACAGGAAUAUUGAGGUGCCAGAGAUUUACUCAGGGCCCCAUAUGAACUUCCCUCUUACUGCAGACCAAGUGACUGCCUUGGUGGAGGCCUUCAGGAAUAAGAGACAGCUCCACUCUCGGUAUGUUCUCCAAAUUCUGUUGGAAACAUGGAAGUUACUCCGACUGCUGCCAAACAUCAGUCGAAUCUCCACAUGCCAUAGCAAAGAAAUCACCAUUUGUGGGGAUUUACAUGGGCAACUGGAAGACCUGCUGUUGAUAUUUUACAAGAAUGGCAUGCCAUCAUUGGAGCGGCCAUACGUUUUCAAUGGAGACUUUGUGGAUCGAGGCAAAGAUUCUAUGGAGAUUCUCCUCAUCCUUUUUGCCUUCCUGCUUGUGUAUCCAAAUGAUGUUCACCUCAACAGGGGGAACCAUGAAGAUCAUAUUGUCAACCUGAGGUACGGCUUCACCAAGGAGGUGCUGGGGAAGUACCAGAUGCAUGGCAAGAGGAUCCUAAAGCUACUUCAAAUGAUCUUCAGCUGGUUGCCCCUGGCGACAGUCAUUGACCAGAAGGUGCUGAUCUUGCACGGUGGAAUCUCAAACACCACAGACCUCUGUGAUAUAGCCAGAGUGGACAGACACAAAUAUGUGUCGGCACUGAAGCCACCAAAGAAGAGGGCCUACCACCCAGUGGCCCAAUCCUCUGUGGAGUCAGAAGUGGAUGACAACCUGUCAAGCACCAAAAACAAUCAGCGCAGGGCCUCUUUUGGACUGCGGGACUGCUUUCACAGCCGGUCUCUCCAGGACCUCUCCAGCAGGGUCCCUCGGACCACAGAACAGGAGAAGGAGGUACAGCGAAGGCAGUCCAUCUUUAUCAGAGGCGGCUUCAGUCAGAGUCAGAAGGAGCUCAACUACGCGCCUGCCUCCUCGGAAUCGCAGGGGACCACCAACACAGCAGAUACUAGCGUAGAAGACUGGGGACAGAUCCUGGACCUGCUGUGGAGUGACCCCAUGCCUAAUAAUGGCUGUAUGCCUAACGAGGUGCGAGGUGGAGGCUGCUACUGGGGACCAGAUGUCACCCAGGACUUCCUCAGCAGGCACAACAUGCAGCUCAUCAUUCGCUCCCACGAGUGCAAACAGGAAGGCUAUGAGUUCUGUCACAACCGCAGGGUCCUCACCCUGUUCUCAGCCUCCAACUACUAUGAAGUGGGAAGCAACAGAGGGGCUUAUGUGAAACUGGGACCGGACCUUGUGCCUUAUUUGAUACAAUAUCAGGCCAGCAGUAUGACUCGAGAACUCAGCCUGAGGAAAAAUGUGGGAAAGCCAGAACAUUCCGCCCUCAAGGUCCUGCGGGAACAGUUGUUUGCACACAAGUCAGACCUUGUCAGAGCCUUCCAAGAGUUUGACAAGGACAAAACAGGGCUGAUUUCCCUGAACGACUGGGUCAUAGCUGUGGAGAGCGUGCUGUGUCUAGGUCUGCCCUGGAGAAUGCUCUUCUCUCAGCUCAUCACCUGCAAGGCGCCGGGGGGAAUGUUCGACUACCAGGAUUGGUUUCAGGAACUCUCUAUAAAAGAGCCACAAAUGGAGAACGUCGAUCACGGUUUGCUGGAGACCUUGUACCGUCAUCGCUCCACCUUGGAGACCAUCUUUAGAUUAGUGGACUUUGACAACUCAGGGUUAAUCACGAUGGAGGACUUCCGUCAGACAUGGAAGCUGUUGAGUGCCUUCUUAAAGAUGGAGAUCACCGAUGAGGCCAUCUCAGACCUGUCUGUCACUAUAGAUACCAACCAGGACGGUAACAUUGACAUCGACGAGUUCAUGGAGGCUUUCCGACUGACAGACAAGAAGAGCCGACUGGAGAGGGGGAAAAGCAUGUUCAUGGGGACCUCAAAUGACCUCACCAAACUCGAAGGGGACCCCGAUAUACAGUAGGUGUGGUGGACGUAGGUGAAACGAGCAGAACCUUCAGACACCAUCCAUCAGAGAUCAAGGAGCUCCUACCAGUGGAAGAAUUGAGAGAGUUCCUACAUGAGUGCUUGUUUACCCCAGGAGCUGCAGUAGAGUGGCGACAAAAUGGACAGACAAGAAAAUAACCAACCAGCUGCACUGAACUGCCAUCUGGAGCCGAGCGGUCCUGUUCAUGGCUAAUAGGAAUGGAACCUGGUGUGGUUCUCUGCAGCAAUAGCACAUCCAUGACAGGGAACAACGAGCUGUGCAUUCUGAGAUGCCGUUCUUUCCCUUCAACUGUUGCAUUGCGCCGUUACUUGCCUGUUUGUGGCUUUGCCUAUUAGCUAGCACACUUUGGCCAAUCUCCCUCAAUCUAUCUCAUGUACAAGUUGUUUUUGCCCACAGGUCCACUGCUAACAGGAUGAUUUUUGUUUGCCACCGCAUUCUCCAUGAACCCUAAACCCUAUAGGCUAAGGAGGACCACAGUUUCUGAGAUUCUGAAAACGGCUCACCUGGCUCCAAAAAUCAUUUUAAAUUCAACAGUAAUGGAUGCUGGUGUGAUGGCAAUUCCAUCGAUCAAAACUUAUCCAAACAUGGGUACUCAGUCCUUUAACUAGUAACUCAUUCGUACAUGUAUGGGACCAAGUAUACAUCAGUUCAAGAAUUUCCACAACACUGGUCACAGAUUGCCAGACCACUAAACUCACUGUAGGAGCCCAUUUACAUGAACAGGUUGAUAUACCAAAUUUUCUGGCAUCUGAGUAGAGCUAACCCUACACUAAUCCAGUCCGUUUUUAUAGAGACACCAAUGAGUCAGGAGUAGGCUAUAGUAUAUUUGUAGCAUCGUUUUUCUAGUCAGCCAUUUCAGCCUGGGUCUAUAAAUGAAUGAGGUUACUGCAAUAUUUUGUACAAAGAAUGAAUUUCAGUUGCAGACCGAAUUGCAGUAUUAUAUCAACGGAUCCAUGAUUAGCACUUAAUGGGAGAGAUCAUGAGAAAAGAUUACGUUGAAGCUGAGGGAAUUCAUAAAAAUGUUUAGGGAACAGAUAGAAAUUCGGAAGGGAAUUAAUAAAAUUUUUGAGAGAAUGGAUAAAAAAGAGGGAGGGAACAGAUUAGCCUGGCUUAAAAAUACUAAAAUACAUUAUUUCUGUUACCAUUGGUUAUCGUCUACUUUACCUUUUGUGUUAUACGGUUUUAUUUAAAUUUGAUAUAAUAAUGUUAAAUAUAAUGUUAUAACAAUCUGCCUAUGUAAAACAAUGGAAAUGUAAAACAAUAAACUUUGUUUUAAGUGA